AUGGACAAGAAGAAGGAGUUGAUUACUUGCCGAGAUGUCUUAUGGCUCCUGGUUCUUUGCGGCUUCGCUAUCAAUUACAUGCUGCGAUUAAACUUGAACCUGACCAUUGUCGCGAUGGUGAUACCAUAUCCGAAACCCGCAGCAAUCGCGCAGUGCAAUGUGGAGAACAGUACGUCAACUGUUGACGUUUGGAUGAAUGAAACGUCUCGAGAUGACAACGUUUCUUUUUCUUUCCCAAUUACGACGCCGUCCUUCAAAAAUGUUACGUACGAGGAUCGGUUUGCUUGGAACGAGUACGAGCAGGGAUUGACGUUGGGUGCCUACUACUGGUUGCACUGGAUGUCGCAGCUACCUGGUGGUCUCCUGGCCAGGCGAUACGGCACGAAACGCGUAUUCGGUCUGGCAAAUCUCUUAACAGCUCUCUUAGGAUUUCUCAUACCCUAUGUGACACAUCUGUAUGGCUUAAUAACUCUUCGUGUGCUGCAAGGAUUGAUCGCGGGUGUUAUAUGGCCCUCGAUGCACGAUAUGACUGCGAAGUGGAUUCCACAGAAUGAGAGGAGCAGAUUCGUCAGUGCUUAUCUUGGUAGUUCUGUGGGAGCGGCGAUCACUUAUCCUCUAUGUGCAGCCGUUAGUAAUUCCUUUGGUUGGGGUGCAUCCUUCCAUGUGACAUCUUUGCUAGGAAUAAUUUGGUUCUGCUUUUGGCACUUCCUGGUAUAUGAUUCACCGCAACAGCACCCACGAAUCUCUGAUGAUGAGAAAAAUUAUAUUCUUGAUAAUAUCACUGGACCCAUCGAAGACGAGGAAAAAACUCAGAUACCUUGGAGAUCGAUAUUUUUAUCAAGGCCGGUAUGGGUCACGAUUGCCGCACAUUGGGGCAUAGCUUGGGGUUUCUUCACUCUCAUGACGCAAGCGCCGACUUAUUUCAACUUCAUUCACGGUUGGAAUAUUAACGCCACGGGGAUACUGGCGGGAACACCACACUUGCUCAGAAUGAUCUUCUCGUAUUUCUUCUCGAUGUUGAGCGACUGGUUACUGCGUACGAGGCGAAUGAGCUUGACGAACGUCAGGAAGUUGGCCACCUUCGUUUGCACCGGAGUACAAGGGAUCCUCAUCAUUGCUCUCGGAUUCAGCGGGUGUCAUCCGUUACUCGCAGUCGUCUUCAUGAUGACCGGCACGGCGGUUAAUGGAGCCGUUUCCGCCUCCACUUUGGCGAACUUCGUGGACCUGAGUCCCAACUACGCCAGUGUUCUUCUUGGAUUCGCCGGCAUGAUUGUCAUAUGGGCCGGGUUUAUUUCACCAGCCAUCGUUGGCGCAUUAACGAAUAAUAAUCAAACUGUGGGGCAGUGGCGCUUGGUCUUUCUCAUUGCUGCUGCUAAUUCGAUAGUGAGUUGCAUCAUAUACAUGAUAUUCGGUACUUCAAAGGAACAAUCAUGGAAUCAGUAUGCCAAAUUAAAUACGAAGGAACGAGAGAUGCAGGAGCUGGCCCCGGUGGUCGCAAAACGUGACAAUGACACCGAGAAUGUAGAUGAUACUGAAAAAUCGAAUUUUAUUAAAGAAAGAUAACAAAUCAAUUUCUUACAACCCUUUGGUCACUAAACUUCAACUAUAUUAGUUCGUGUUCAACCCAAAGGAUUAAAGAGCUGUAAUUUCGAUACGUACAAAUAUUGCGCGAGCGCUCGAUUAUUUAAUAGGACAUUAUUUAACAAAAAGAAUGUUAACGUUUGAUCGUAUAUUUAAUAAUACACUCGUUUAACUUAUUCUUGGAACAUUUCAUCAUAAGGAAACAAAGGAAUGAAGAAGUGACAUUACAGAGUAAAUAAAUGUUAAAUUAUUUGCAAUACGCUAAGAAGUAUCAUGACUUAGAUGUUUUUUUCGGUCGCCACACACACAUGCUUCAUAAACCAAAUUUACAUAUAUCUAAUUCCUUACAAUAAUAACGCAUUAUUAAUUCCGCCUUUGCAUGUGCGCAAUAUGUAAAUUACAGCACACAAGUUUCAGUAACAGAAUUAACGGGCGGCGAAUCGAUUAUUCUCUAUUACCAUAUGGCUGACAUCACGUCCGUCCGUUCUUACACGAAAGAAUUACCGGAAUUAUCACAGGUCCUUUUCUGCUGUGGAGCAGAUUAAAUACCGCGCCUUAUCCUAUUUCCUGGACACGCAUCGUGUAGCUGCCAUGAGAUAUCUAUCACUCACGGACCUUCGCUAUCGCCCAUAAAUGAAAGUGCACAGUGGUCAUUGAAAUGUACAUUUUCAAACAACUGUAGAGACGAAGAAGAUACAACGUGUAGAUACCUUGCAUGUUAAACAGCAACAUCAUUAUACGUAUCGAGAUUUUUGCACCUUAUAAUUAUAGUAAAUCUUGUGAAUAGAGUACCGAGCUUCCCUCACUAUAAUAGACACUUGUCAAGUAUCUAUUAUUGUU